AUGGCAAGAUACCUCUUCAUUCUCCUUUUCUGGGGCAGCGCACGGGUACAAUCCGCUAUGCACCCCAACGGUACUUGGGUUAGCGAACCCCUUACUGAAGACGACGCCUCGCCGAUUGACAACCCGAAUACCUACUACCCCGACCAGUACGACUGCCCGCUAGCAUGUGCAGACUACGCAAAUACGCACAGCUGGAUCACGUACUUUUCAAUGGAGCGCAUCCAGCGGUGUAAGGAGGCAAUGCUGCUCGAAUUCUCAAUUUCAACGGCACUUGACGAUCCUCAGACGACACCGCUGAUCCGCAGCUGCACGUUGGGCGGCGGAGACGAUGAAUCCAUGAUCGCAGAAGUCCCUGUCGAAAAUCCAAAGAAGGCAGGAGAUCUUUAUCGAGCGAGCCUCCAGUCUGCACCGGCAUGCGUUCUGGAUGGCAUAGAAACUUCGCACGACAUGCAGAUGACAACUCGCGGCGACGGGCAGGAACGGUCUGGCGAUAUUGUGGGGCUGCUCAUGGGCAUGGGGAUGUAUUUUGCUGCGCGCGAUAAUUGUGACGAGAGGUUCCUGUUUGCGCGUCACAAGGAUUUGGCUGUCGGCGUUCAUGUAGGAGACGACCUGGCAAAGCUAACGGCGGAGUCCGCCCUUAGCUUGCUGGCAGAUCACGUGCGAUCCAACGGAGCUCGGACGCCGGACCAGAUCGUCGUCGAGCUCUGCGGUGGCGGACGCCAGGCACGAAACGCGUUCGGCCUCAUUAUCGACAGCACGGGUGAUCUUAUUCAGGUCCAGAAAGCAGUAUUAGGGUGGAGCAAUGGAAACUGCACACUACCGGACGGGCAGAGCGUCGUCGGUCAUCUCCCAGAUGUGCGAGUAGUGGAUCUUCAUGGCGUCAACAAUACGAUCAAUGCCAACAGUACCAGCAAUGUCGCCAACAACAACGCUACCCAUGUUCGCAAACGCGCCGUGCCGCAAGCGGGAUCCGAUGGCGUCUGCGCAACACACCUUAUCCAGAAUGGAGAUACUUGCGAUCGAUUGUCCGGACAGUAUGGCGUGACUAUCGGCAACCUUGAGAAGUGGAACAGAGGAAAGACUUGGGCAUGGACUGAGUGCAAGGAUAUGCUGAUCGGCUACAGCAUGUGCGUCAGUGACGGCUUGCCCCCCAUGCCACCGCCACAGCAAGCCCCGAACGAAUUUAUGCGAAUCGGCUACUAUGAAGCAUAUAAUCACAAACGUCCUUGUCUGCGGCUCAACGCUCGAGAUGCAAACGUCGGCGAAUCCUACACGCACAUCCACUGGGCGUUUGCCGACAUCAACCCCGAUAACUGGAAGCCCGCUAUUCGAGACGGCUCUGACCACUGGAAAGACUUCAAGGAACUGAGAAAUGUCAAGCGCAUUGUUUCAUUUGGCGGCUGGGCGGCUUCGACAGAACCGGCAACGUACAACAUUAUUCGCGGAGCUAUCAUAGACCACCGGGAUGAGUUCGCUAGGAAUCUCGCCCAAUUCGCCAAAGUGGAAGGCAUUGAUGGCAUAGACAUCGAUUGGGAAUACCCGGGUGCUCCUGAUAUACUAGUCGAUGGCCGACCUAUUGGCCGACCAAGCGAUGGCCUGAACUAUCUCAAGUUCCUUACGGUCUUGAAGAAAGAAUUGGAACCUGGCGUCUCUGUAUCCAUCGCCGCACCGGCCUCGUACUGGUAUCUUAAAGCUUUUCCUAUCGACAGGAUUGCGGUAGUCGUUGACUACAUUGUCUACAUGACGUACGAUCUGCAUGGGCAAUGGGAUGCUGAUCUGCCAACCGAGAAGACUGGACUCAACAUCGUAGCUUGGGACGAGUUCAAUGUGGAACUAAACCGACUUUGCAUGUUUGCUUGCAAAUACAACUAUUGCCCCGAGGAGAUAUGUACCACUCCUAUCGAUGGGCCCGAUGAAAGUGGACCACACGGAUUUGGGGAGGACUUUGGCAACGGCGAAGAUCCCAACUAUUACAACAAAACCGCAGCGAAACUCGCCAAUGAUCAGACAUGCAUCAUAUACAGGGACCCAGCAUACAACGAAGUGAGCAAGACUCAGUGCAAACCCAUUUGUCAGGACGCACUAGAUGAGGCGGCAGAGGAGGGGAGAACAUCUAAUUACGGGUGUAUCGGAUUCUACCCUAUGGAAACCAGUAUUCCUUGGGAGAGAGGACCGGGAGCGGGUAGUCAGUUGAUUGCGCCUGGGAAAUGUUUGUGCGACAACUUCCUCCUCAACGAACUGGCAGACACUGUUCUGGAAGCAAUGCCCUUGAUCGCUCAGAUUAGUUGCUAUGUGCUCAUGUCAAGUAUCAAACUCGUAAUCGACGUCGGAGUUCAAUUCAUACCCGUAGUGGGCAAGAUUCUCGAUAUUGGUCUGGAUAUGGCUACAACAGCCGCACAGAUGGCUGCGUAUCUGUAUCCCGAAGAAGAAGACCCCGAGGGCGCAUUCUCAUGGUGGCUGAGUCCAUGCGGGGGUACGGACCUGGUGCCGCAAGAUAUCAAGAAAGCUUUCGAAAUCUUGAGCACCAUAGCCAACGGUGUAUCGAGCUUCAAGCCGCCAAAGCGCAUGAAACGUCACAGUCGCAAAAAGGGUGACGACGGUAACCCAAUCGAUAGCUCAAGGCCCCGUCGACCAGGUGGAGGUGGCAGCGGUAAUGGCGUUACUAAGCCAGCAAAGAAAUGCAGAGUACCCGCAGGGAAAUCAACACUUCGUCUCGGCGAGGCCUCCAACACACUUCGCAAGCAGUCCUGCGUCAACGGUUCAACAAGAAAAGAGAACAUGGUCAUUACCUCGCUCGCUUUUGCGCCAAAUGCGGUGCCAGUGCAAUUCAAAGCGACUUGUUCGCAAGAGAAUUCACAAGCUUGUUACCAUUACAGCUCAGUCAUUCGAAAUCAUCCGUCAUGGUCGACUCUGACCUGCGAUGAGGAAAACGCUACUAUCAAGCACCGGCUCGACGCGAAAGCCACCGAUGUCUGGACCUACCAGCAUAAUGGUCGGGGAUGGGUAAAGCCGGACGAUUGCGAUCGAGAUGAGUACCCACCCGCCUAUCUAUUGCACAGAAACCAUCCCGCCUUUUUGAAAGCCGGCGUCGAUGCUCAAGGCCAGAUGGUACGCGUUUUGCCAGCCGAUGAGAACAGACGCGCUGGCAGGAUGUGGAAGGGUGCAUGCUUCAAGCCUCCGCUUGAAGAUCUGACGAACUCCGAAUUCGCGGCAAAAGCCAACGCUGCCCCCAACAAGGUAUACGCGAUGAAGAAGGGGUAUCAGUACACUGAUGUACACGUGACCGUCACUCAGCGCCCUGAGUUUACGAUUGCUGCAUGGGGCCAUGCCGCUGCCCCACCCAACGAAGGUUUGGACCAGAACAGCUGUUGGCCUUCAAACAUUGCAGCUGCUGAUCCUGGCUUUGUACUGUUGACUUAUGAUCCUUGGUACUCGAACAUGGCUCCUCCUUACAAUUACAAGAAACCGUACGUUCAGGGUGCCAACGGAUCUUAG